AUGCCAGAGAAGAUAGGACUUGUAGGGGUUGAGAUCCCAGAGAGAAUGAUCUCAAGCAAAGUUGAAGAAGCAUACACUGCAAACACAACAGCAAGUUGGAUGAAGUUUCUGCUAACUGGAUAUUGCCAAGAGGGGAAGUUUAGUGGACAACUGAAACCCAUGACGUUAUCUGUUUAUGAAGGCCAAGAACCAAGCCAACUUGUCUUCCAGUUUAAGGCCAAACCUCCUGCUGUGAACUUCAAAUUAACUGGGGAGACAUAUGGAAUCUUUGAGAUACAAACGGAUGGAUAUCUGUAUUAUACCCAGGCCUUGGACAGAGAAACAAAAGCUGUUUACAAUCUGCAGGUUGAAGCUCUAGAUGCCAAUGGAGUUACAGUGGAGGGUCCAGUAAUCGUCACCAUAGAAGUGAAAGACAUCAAUGACAACAGACCAACAUUUCUCCAGCCAAAAUAUGAAGGCUCAGUGAGGCAGCAUUCCCGUCCAGGGAAGCCAUUCUUAUAUGUCAAUGCUACGGACUUGGAUGAUCCAGCUACUCCAAAUGGUCAACUUUCUUAUCAAAUUCUCAUCCAGCUUCCCAAGAUCAACAAUGCUAUGUACUUUCAGAUUGACCAGAAAACAGGAGGCAUCUCACUUACCCCAGAAGGAUCUCGAGAAAUAGAUCCUGUUAAGAAUCCUUCUUACAAUCUGGUGGUCUUAGUGGCAGACAUGGAUGGCCAAAGUGAGAAUUCCUUCAGUGACACCACAUCUGUGGAUAUUUUCGUAAAGGAGAAUAUUUGGAAAGCACCGGAGACUGUGAAAAUUGAAGAAAACUCAACUGAGUCUCACCCCAUCAAAAUCACUCAGGUGCAGUGGAAUGAACCAGGUGCCCAGUAUUCCUUAGUGGAACUAGAAAAGCUGCCAAGAUUCCCAUUUUCAAUUGACCAGGAAGGAAUUAUCUAUGUGACUCACCCCUUGGAUCGAGAAGAAAAGGAUGCGUAUGUCUUCAAUGCCGUUGUAAAAGAUGAGUUUGGAAAACCACUUGCAUGGCCUCUGAGAAUUCAUGUUGAAGUUCAAGACAUUAAUGACAAUCCACCAACAUGCCCAUCUGCAGUGACUGUAUUUGAGGUUCAGGAAAAUGAGAGAAUAAGUAGCAAUAUAGGGACUUUUACUGCCCAUGACAUGGAUGAAGAAAACACUCUAAGUAGUAUUUUAAAGUACAGCAUUUUCGGACAAACUCCCAAUAUUCCCAAAGAUGGACUCUUCAUGGUUUCUUCUCACACUGGAGUGUUACAGUUGGCUAAGCAGUCCUUGAAGAAGCAAGAUUCUCCUCAGUACAACUUAACAGUGCGGGUGUCUGACAGUGAUUUUACGACCCUCUGCCUUGUGCAAAUCAAUGUCAUUGAUAUCAAUGAUGAGAUCCCUAUCUUUCAAAAAUCAAAUUAUGGGAACUUGACUCUUGCUGAAGACACACGUGUUGGCACUACCAUCUUAACCAUUCAGGCCACUGAUGCUGAUGAGCCUUUUACUGGGAGUUCUAAAAUCCUGUACCGUAUAAUAGAAGGUGACAGUGAGGGAAGACUAGAGAUUGACACAGAUCCCAGUACCAAUGCUGGAUAUGUCAAGAUUAAAAAGCCUCUUGAUUUUGAAACAACACCUGUUCACAACAUCGUGUUCAAGGCAGAAAAUCCCGAGCCUUUAGUGUCUGGUAUACAGUACAACGACAGUUCAUUUGCCACGCUCAGACUUAUUGUGACAGAUGUGAAUGAACCACCCCUUUUUUCUCAACAAAUGUUCCAAGCAAAAGUCUUUGAGAAUGUGACAAUAGGCACUUACUUGGGCAACGUGACUGCCAAGGAUCCAGAAGGUCUGGAGAUAAGUUAUUCCCUGAAAGACGACAGGAGAGGUUGGCUCAGAAUUAACUCUGCCACCGGUGAGAUCUUCAGCGCGGCAGCACUGGACAGGGAAGCUGAAAGUAAUUAUGAGGUACACGUUGAGGCCACUGAAAAAGAUGGCCUUUUGAAAUCCAGUGCAAGUUUCUACCUGACCCUCGAUGAUGUGAACGACAACGCUCCGCGGCUAGCCAAGGAGUACACGGGCCUUUUCUUUUGCUAUCCCCUCAGAACAUCUGAAAGUAUCAUUUUUGAAGCCACUGAUGAUGACAGGCAACCCUUACUAGGCCCACAGUUUACAUUUGAUCUUGGAAGUGAUAGUGUGAGAAAUGACUGGGACAUUUCCAGAAUCAAUGGAACUCAUGCUAAACUAUCCCCCAAACAUAUAAGUUUUGAAGAGAGACUUUACCAUGUCCCAAUCCGCAUUGGUGAUAGGGGUCGGCCUCCCAUGGAAAGGACUGUUUCUUUACCAGUUACUUUCUGCACAUGUGUAGAUGGACAUUGUUUCCGUCCAGCGGGUGGUCAGUCCGGGAUCCCCACUGUGGGCAUGGCAGUCGGAAUAAUUCUGGCCACUCUUCUGAUCAUUGGUGCAAUUUUAACAGCUGUGUUUAUUCGUUUGAAGAGGAAGGAAAAAGCUAAUGCUCAGAAAGCACAAUCAAUUGAAGCCAGACCUCUGGCCAGCUGA